ACCUUCUUAGUGUACCUGAAUUACUUCAGUUUACUUGGUAGGCUUUCAAAAUGGAAGGAUUACACACGGGUGAAAACCUGGGAAGGAUUAAGCGAAUUACAAGAAAUAACUUCAUUGGCUCUCAAAAGACCUAACCUACCUGUAAAGUUCUGGUAUGCCCAUCGUCAGUUUGAUAUGAAAUACAAUGACACGUGUGCAAACUUCCCGGAUAUCACAGAAAUAGAAUAUGUGCAUGAAUAUUGGCAGAUUUUGGAAACACCUGAAGGUAAUGUCAAACUUAUAGGAGCAUACCUUGAUGAUAGACCUGAGAUUAAUACUGUGAGACUGUUGACAAUGAUUGAUAAACGACAUCCUGUGAAGAUGGAUACCUGGUGUCAGUUUUGGUUCCAUGAUCAAAGACAACCUGUUAUUGUCCCUGUAGAAGAAUACUUUUAUGUUUGGAAUGAAUAUUGGUACCAGAAACCUGAUGGUGAGUUCCAACCGUAUUUAUUGUCAUGUAAACUACCUCCAGAGUUGAGUUUUGCGGUACCUUCAAGUGUUUCCCUGGUCAAAAACUUUUGUGAUGAUGCAAGUAAUAGUUUAAAGGUAAUCUAUGAAAACCUGAGAAAAAGAAAGGUUUUGCUGUGUGUACCAAAGGUGUUAACUUUGUGAAUGACAUCACGGUGAGGCUAGUAGAAUGGAUUGAAUUCAUGGUGUUACUUGGAGUGGAAAAGAUUUACAUGUUUGAUAUCUAUGCUAAUCCCCAAGUACAAAAAUUGUAUGAAUAUUAUACAGAUAAAGGUAUUCUGGAAGUCACACCUUUAAUGUUACCUCAGGUACAGUUGAAUGAACCAUUUAUUCAGCACAUGUUCCUGGAACAUGAUGCAAACAUGCAAGCAGAGGUAAUACCUUAUAAUCAUUGUUUCCUGUCACAUAUGUAUGAAUAUGAAUAUAUUGGUGUGAUGGAUACUGAUGAGGUGAUUGUACCUAAAGGAGGUAUGACCUCUUUGAGGGAUCUGGUAAACACUGCCCAGAAACGAGCAACAUCUGAAAACCUAUCACCUGGUUCAUUUAUUGCAAGGAAUUGCUACUUUUUUGAUAAUGCUACCAUCAACAACAUGAAACCUCACUUCCCUAAAGAUGUUUAUGAAGAUAUCCACAGAAAUAUUGAUGAUCUGGACAUACCAGCUUACAUGCACAUGUCCCAGAGACUCUUUAAAUCUAAAAACUGUACUGGUCCUGGAAUGUAUAUCAAAUCUUUACAUUCAACUGAAGCUGUUGUUGCUGUGCACAACCAUUAUCACUUCAAAGUUUUAGAUCCUAAAUAUAUUAAUUAUGAUCUGAACUUUGAUGAAGGUUUCAUGCACCAUUACAGGAAUGGAUGUCCUGGUGAAAUGAAACCUGUGUGUUAUUCUGAUUAUCAAAGUGAUUUUGAAUAUGAUGAUUCCAUUUUGCAAUAUUAUGACAGGUUAAAAGAAAAUGUCAUCAGGGUCUUGGAUGAUUUAGGAUAUUUUUAAUUUUAUUUUAUUAGAGAAUAAGUUAUGUUUAAAUAAAAUUCCAUCACAUUUGAA